AUGGCUGCCGUGAAGAUUGGGAUCAUCGGGGGCACGGGUCUGGAUGACCCCGACAUUCUGGAGGACCGGCAGGAGAUCCACGUGGACACUCCCUAUGGGAAGCCGUCCGAUGCGAUCAUCUCGGGCCGCAUGGGACCCGUGCCGUGCCUGCUCCUCGGCCGCCACGGGCGCGGCCACUCGCUGCCGCCGUCGCGCGUCAACUACCGCGCCAACCUGUGGGCCCUGCGCGCCGCGGGCGCCACGCACCUCCUCGCCACCACGGCCUGCGGCUCCCUCCGCGAGGACAUCCGGCCCGGCGACCUCGUCUUCCUCGACCAGUUCAUCGACCGGACGACGAAGCGGGAGCAGACCUUCUACGACGGCGCGGGGGGCGCCCCCCCCGGCGUGUGCCACAUCCCCAUCGCCGAGCCGUUCUGCCCGCGUCUGCGCCAGGCCCUGGCGGCGUGCGCGCGCGAGCUGGGCGUGCGGGCGCACGUGGCCGGGACGGUGGUCACCAUCGAGGGGCCGCGCUUCUCGAGCCGCGCCGAGAGCCGCCUGUUCGGCGCCUGGGGGGCGCACGUCGUCAACAUGACGAGCGUGCCCGAGUGCGUGCUGGCGCGCGAGCUGGCGCUGCCCUACGCCGCCGUCGCCAUGGUCACCGACUACGACUGCUGGAGGGACAGCGACGAGCCGGUGAGCGUGGAGAAGGUGAUGGCGACGUUCCGGCAGAACGCGGCGAAGGUGACCAGCCUGCUGGUGAACGUGGUGCCCUACAUCGCCGCCCAGGACUGGAGCCGGACCCUGCAGGAGCUCAAGGAUAGCGCCGAAGCCUCGGUCAUGCUGCCCAAUCACUGAAGCAACAUCGUGGCCUGUACACCAUUGCACGAAAGAUGACCGGGACCCUCCCAGGCUUCCCCCCCCCCACCCCCCACUGCACGUUGUUCUCAGGGUCAAAUUGAAUUCCUCGAUUCCGCCGAAAAGAUUUCACUCUUUCCCGUUGCUCUGAUGUUCACGCGCGUUAAACGUCAUCGGGAAAAAAAAUAAACGAAAAUCAAAAAUGUUAAAUCGACUUCAUCGGUGGGUCGCGAAGGAGGCGGCGCUAGUACCGAGGCUCACGCAAGGAAGGGCCGUGCCGGGCGGGAGGGGCACGAUAGCCGCCUAUCGGAGAGUGGCGGCUGUCGUAGAGUGGCGGCUGUCGUAGAGUGGCGGCUGUCGUAGAGUGGCGGCUGUCGUAGAGUGGCGGCUAC